UAAUGCCAGCUACAUGCUUGGUGGCUAUUGGCAGAGGAGGUGACCUUGCAGGUCAGCUAAGCAGCACUAGAAAUGCUUUGAUCUAAUCUAUACCAAUCCAGAGACAGCUAUUCUAACAAGAGCGGCUGGAGAGGUCUCUCUGUGUAUGGGAUGCUGAUUUGCUUCCAGAGAGCACCGGGGAAAGCAUGGCAGUGGGCUUCGAUGCAAUGUUGGCUCGGAUCAAGGAUGUGUGUAAAAGAAAUGGCUUACUUAUUCUCUCGGUCCUAUCCGUCAUCAUUGGAUGCCUCCUUGGAUUCUUCCUCAGGACCAGGCGCCUCUCCCAACAGGAAAUUAGUUAUUUCCAGUUUCCUGGAGAAUUGCUGAUGAGAAUGCUGAAAAUGUUGAUUCUACCUCUGGUUGUUUCAAGCUUAAUGUCUGGGUUAGCAGCUCUUGAUGCCAAGACAUCUAGUCGAUUAGGCAUUAUUACAGUCACUUACUAUCUCUGGACUACUUUUGUGGCCGUCGUUGUGGGCAUCGUUAUGGUCUCCAUCAUCCAUCCUGGUGGGGCAGCCCAGAAGGAGAACACUGAGGAAAGUGGGAAGCCAAUCAUGAGCUCAGCCGAUGCAUUAUUGGACUUAAUUCGGAAUAUGUUCCCUGCAAACCUUGUUGAGGCCACUUUUAAACAGUACCGAACCAAAAGCAUCCCUAUUGUCAAAGCUGAGAAGGCAGUAUCUGACAGCACCACUCGCCGAAUAAUAAUCUAUGGGGUCCAAGAUGAAAAUGGAUCUAACAUCCAGAAUUUUGCCUUGGAUAUCACACCACCACCAGAAGUGAUUUACAAAUCAGAGCCAGGCACCAGUGAUGGCAUGAAUGUGUUGGGCAUUGUAAUAUUCUCUGCUACUAUGGGAAUAAUGCUAGGCAGAAUGGGUAACAGCGGAGUUCCCUUGGUCAGUUUUUGCCAGUGUUUAAAUGAAUCUGUCAUGAAGAUAGUGGCUAUUUCUGUAUGGUAUUUUCCAUUUGGAAUAGUCUUCCUAAUUGCUGGUAAGAUCUUGGAAAUGGAUGAUCCAUCAGCUAUUGGAAAGAAGCUCGGCUUCUAUGCCAUUACUGUUGUGUGUGGCCUGGUGGUCCAUGGUCUUUUUAUUCUGCCAAUGAUGUACUUUUUCAUCACCAAGAAGAACCCCAUCGUCUUCAUCAGAGGGAUUCUUCAAGCCUUGCUUAUUGCUUUGGCCACAUCAUCCAGCUCAGCCACUUUGCCUAUAACCUUCAAGUGCUUGUUAGAGAAUAACCACGUGGACAGAAGAAUUGCCAGAUUCGUACUCCCCGUGGGGGCCACAAUCAAUAUGGAUGGGACUGCCCUUUAUGAAGCAGUGGCCGCCAUUUUCAUUGCUCAAGUAAAUAAUUAUGAGCUGGACUUUGGACAGAUCAUCACCAUAAGCAUCACAGCGACGGCUGCCAGCAUAGGUGCAGCUGGGAUCCCACAAGCUGGUCUUGUGACCAUGGUCAUUGUCCUGACAUCAGUGGGUCUGCCUACAGAUGACAUAACUCUAAUAAUUGCUGUUGAUUGGGCAUUAGACAGAUUUCGCACAAUGAUCAAUGUUUUAGGGGAUGCUCUUGCAGCUGGCAUAAUGGCACAUAUCUGCAGAAAAGAAUUCACCAAAGAUGGAUCUGAGGUGCCUUUGAUUUGUGAACCAAAACCCAUUAGUAUCCACCAGAUCAUGUACCAGAGAAAUGGUUGUGUGAAAAGCAUGAAUGAGCCACAUGGAUCUGAGUCAUCAAAGUCAUUACACCAUCACAUACCUAUCCAAGUGGAGGAAGAAGAAAUUCCCACAGAAACUCAUACAGAGAAAUGCUGCAGUAAAGACCACUGUACUAUUGAAAUCAAUGAAUUGGAGACCAAUGUGUAGCUGUUACUUCUGCUGUUGUCAGAAAUCUAAAGACUACCUCAUAGCUGGAGUUGGGAGUCAGCCUCUUGCCUUGAAUAGGAAAGCAUGGAAUGACUGCCAUAUACAGACUGAGGCUGUGAGGCCAGCUGUGAACAUCUGCGAAGAAGGAAAAUGGUUGGGACUUUUUCAAUGAACAGGUUGGUUUUGUUAAAACAAAAAUGAUAAAGGAGUCAUUUUCUUUGGACAAGCUGAUGCGAUUCCAUCUCUAAUGCACUUCAGAAAUCCCUGAUCCCAACAAUUUCCCAGUGGUCACAUUCCUUUCAUUGUACUGAUUGUGAAGAUAAUCCUUUGGUGUUCAAUAAUGCCAUGUUUGAUUCAUCAUAUGUAGCUUCUAAAUGGACUUGUCAUAAUUGCACUGACUUUUUAACCUCAAUCAAUGAAUAUUUUACAUUUAUGUGAUUAACACAGCAGUAAACUGAAGAGAAAUCUAUCCUAGCAAUAGUUUAGGAAAUUGUUUCCUAUUUGGAAAAGAAUCUUAUUUUUAUAAGUCUAGCCAACUGUAAUGGAGAAAAUCCAUUUUAGUCCCAACUAAAGUAGACUUUUUGAAGUAAAUGGUAUUUACAUUAGCAUAAGAAAUUGGGAGCCCCCAGUGGUGCAGCGGGUUAAACUGCUGAGCUGCUGAAUUGGCUGACCAAAAGAUUGAUGGUUCAAACCUGGGGAGCGUGGUGAGCUCCCACUGUUAGCCCCAGCUUCUGCCAAUUUAGCAGUCUGAAAACAUACAAAUGUGAGUAAUUCAAUAGGUACCACUUCAGUGGGAAGGUAACGUCCCUCCAUGCAGUCAUGCCAGCCACGUGACCUAGGAGGUGUCUACGGACAAAACUGGCUCUUCAGCUUAGAAAUGGAGAUGAGCACCACCCCCCAGAGUCAGACACAACUAGACUUCAUGUCAAGGGGAAAGCUUUAUCUUUACCUAAGAAACUGCAUUUAUUUCAGGGAGUCUACUGUAGAAGUUUAUCCCAAUUUUUGAACCAACUGCAGCUCUGUUUGAGCCAGAGUAGAUUAUGUGUAAUGUUAAAUAUAGCUUAUUGAAAUAAAUCAACAUACAAUUGUUAUUUGUCUUGGCUUAUUUCAAUAAACUAUAGCUAACACUAAUCACAAUUUCUUAAUUGGUCAGAACCAAUAACAUGGUUUUGUAAAAACAGAAGUGGAAGCUUAAAAUCUCUUCUCUGGGACUCCUUCAAUGGAGAAAAAGGGAUGAUGUAGUGCAUAAUACACUGCUCAUGUACUGUAGUGUGUGAGCUGGAAGCUGGAGUUCGCUGCUCCUUGUGAAUUCAGCCAAAGUUGCCAUGUGGCAAUUACUCUUGGUUGCAACAUUACUCCACAUAUUAUCCAUUGUUCAGCUUCAACAGUCAGAGUACCUAACAUACUGAUUGCAUAGCUCCAUUCUUUUCAGUAGUUAAACUCUAUAUAGCUCUUCUUCUAUAAUUCUAUUGAUGUAACAAUAAUGUAAGUAUUGAUUAAACAAAAAAAGAGUUGUGUACAUUAGAGAUUCUCAAAACAUUGACAUUUAUAAAAAAAAGUUGCAACCAACAGCAUUUGUUACUUGGUUAGGGUUUUUAUUUUUCCAAUUUUCUAAAGUGUUGAAUGUUUUUCUUGUCACUUUUGUUGUUAUCUCCUUUGAGAACUAAUAAGAGUUCUGUUUAAGGAGUUUGCUAUUUGAAGGAGGUCUCAUUUUGGGAGAUUUUUCAAGUGGAUAGUAAGCCACACUCUACAAAUAGCCCAUCAUUUUUGCCUUCCAAGUGCCAGAUACAUGCUUCUUUUUCAUUCUUCCUUCCCUCCAAGCCCUAGCACUAUAGCAGUUAGUCUGGACAAUGAGAACCCAUGGUGCUAAAGAAGAGUACAUAAUGUUCUCUCACUUGUAUAGAGUGUACAUAUUGUGAUCUUUCUUUGCCCUUUUAUUUUUAUUAAUAUAGACUUUGUGCUUUGGGACCAGACUAAACACAGGCUGGGAACCAAUAUAUAUCACUGCGUUGCAACUUCAUUUUGAUAUUGUUCCAUUAUAAGGUUCCAAUCAUGUUUAUCUUUAGACUUGUGUCUCUGAAUUAAAACCAUAUUUUUAUCUCCCUCGCACCCACUCAAUCAGUCUUUACCGUGGAUGGCCUUCCUUUAGGUCCUAUCCAAACAUCCAGACACACAGUCCUGUGCUUCCAAGAAGGAGGUGGCUCCAUUUGACGUUGGAGCAGCAUGAUGUAGGGGACAGGACACAGUGCUUCAGUGGUUCAAUAGCCUGUGCCAAUUUCACAGUCUAUUUGUUGGACAUAGAGGCCAAGAGACCUCUACUCUUAACACAUGUGAUGGUGUAAAUUUUUGGAUUGAGAUUGAGGGGACCCAAAUUGAAUCUGGAAACACAUCAGCUAGGAUUGGUCCGUUUGCUGUUGCUCAGUGAGUCUAUCAUCACAAGGGUGUCUGUGAUUAUGAUAAACCAUGGAAAUGGGGAUAGCAUGUGCCACCUCAACAGUAUUGAAAGAAAGACACAAUGAAAAUAUAGUAAGUAAACAUUUGAUAAAUGUAGCUUUCAUUUAUGUUACAGUGUACACAUGGCAUAAUUCUCUGCUAUGUAAGUCUUUUUAAAGUACACGAACCUCUUUCUCUCUUUUUUGGUGUUGGGCAGAAUUGCAAAGAAGCUCUGUAGGGUUAUAAACAGUGCCCUUCAUCAGCAGACCCCGAUGUAGGGCUGCAUUCUGGAGCUAUGUCUGCAAGUGAUAAUUCUUUGGGGUGCCAUGUUUGCACUGGAAACAUGGCUUCUUCCAGAUCUGAAAGGUAUUCUCCUGUUCAGUGCCUGCUUUGCAGAAGGGACAUGGGUCAUGGAAGAUGUCUUUCUGUUCAGUUUGCAUUCGACUUCACCCAUUGAUCUGCGUGUCCUUGUGCAUUUCUGUUUUCUCCUCUUUCUCCUACCUUGGAUUCUGCUACUCAGUACGUUGGCAGUCUGCUGUUCUCUCACCCCUGCCUUAUUCCUUCACUGGAGAGAGGAAGAGAGUUUUAUGUCAUACAGUUCUGAGAAAAAGUCAGAGCCAUUUGGAGGAAAGGGGAACAGUUCCAUCAUCUCCACCAUAUGCAACUGAUUUGAUUUUGAUUGGAAUUUGUUCUGGUUGCUGGCUUUUGUUUUCUAUGCACACACACACUCAAACACAAAUGGCUGGGCGACUUGAGUGUUCUUGUUCUCUUGCUCUCUCUUGUCUUCCUCUCUUGAAUCCUUAAAUUAUAAAAAAAAUCCCACAGUAUUAACAGUUCUACAAACAAUGUAAUUAUUAUCUGUGUUUUCGAUGGAAAAUGUUUUUAAUAAACAUGCCAUUGUGAAA